AUUGUAUCCUCUAUUCCAGUAUCAAGAUGUCACGCGCAGCGUCGUUCGCGCAACGAUGGGCCCAGGACAACUUGACCAGACCCCCCUCAGAAGAUGAGCUCACAGUCCUCAACCUGUUUCCCAUCACCUGCGAUGGAGACGAGGUUGAAGCUGCCAGGAGAGCCCGGAGGUACUACAAGGCUAGAGGACCUGGAGGACUGACAGAACUAUGGCAUAAGAGAUACCCUGAUGACGAGGAUAUUUUGUCCAGUUGCCAGGAUGCUUACAUCGUCCCUCUUCGCGCCAGGAGCGUAGGAGGAAGAAGGAUGACACUCGUUAGGCUUCCAGCUCCAAUGGCGAUGGACAGGCCACUGUCAGCGAAGGCGCUGCUCUCUAGGUGGCUUAUGAUAUUAGAUAUACGGUUACGCGAAGAUCCAACUCCUGGUGAGGAGGUGGUGUUCAUAGACGUCAGCGAUCUCCAGCCGUCACAUGUGAAGAACCACUUCAGGGGCACAUAUUGGAAGGACUUCGUUUGGUGCAUGAAGACAGCAUACCCGCUCCGCUUCACGGAGAUCCACGUCAUCAACACACAGCGCUUGAAGACCAUGUCUCUCCUACUCUUGCACAUCGGCCUCCAUCCCUGGAAGCGUAAGGUCCUGCACAUCCACUCCAAGGCUGAGGAGAUUAACCAGGCCAUGGGGUUUGAUUAUUUUCCACCGGAGAGCCUGCCACAUGAGUAUGGGGGGAAGGCUGGUGCUAUGAAGGAUCUCAAUGACGAAUGGACAAAGAAGCUCCUCUCCAACUCAAAGUGGCUGGAAUCAGAAGAACGCAAGUUCUACGACACAGAACUGAAACCAGAACUAGACACUCGGUCUCGACACCGCAGCGCCGUGCGCCUGCGAGCAAGCAACGGUUCUUAUGACAUGAUCACACGCACGCACUCGUGUAGAUCUUUACAUAGGCAUGAUGACUUUGAUGAAGGAACGUAUGGCGCGUAUAGGACUUUGAAAGUGUCUUCGGAUAGUGAUUUCUACGUAUAAGUGAGGAAGAACCAGAAGAUGGUUUUUGCUGAGUUGUGCGGGAACCACUGAUCGAUCCAAUGACGUCAUGAUCACACGCACGCACUCGUGUAGAUCCUUUCAUAGGCAUGACGACUUUGAUGAAGGGACGUACGGUGCAUACAGGACUUUAAAAGUGUCUUCUGAUAGUGAUUUCUAUGUAUAAGUGAGGAAGAACCAGAAAAUGGAUUUUGCAGUGUUUUUGCGCAAUGUUUUUUCCCAAUGAUAUCGCGCACAUAUUUUGCAGAUUUUGGAACAGACACCCUGCUACGUAUAAGUGAGGAAGAUUAUAGACAUAUUUAUGUAGGUCUUGGAAUAGACGAUAAAGGACAGUGUCUUAAUACAGACACCUUGGAGGAAAUUCUAGACAGUUGUAGCGAUGGGAUACCUAAAUAAGAAGUGAAAUGGAGUAUGCCAUCCUAAAUGCAGAGCUUUGCAAUAAUACCUACUCAAUUGAGACAAAAAAAUAAUAGUAAGUGCCUUCUAUUAAUGCACGAGCAAAAGCAUCUUUGUAACAAAGCGAGUGUUGUAAAAACGCACAGGCGUAGGAGUGUUUGUUUAAAUGCUUUUUCGUUCUUCAAAGAAACUGCCUGGUAUAUUGAGGAAAGUUUUCUUUACAAUACAAGUGCACAGUUGGUUUAUCUUUUUCCAUCUUGCCAAUACCAUGACAAGAUAAAGAGUGCCCAUUUUUUAAGACUAUGAGAUUGUUUGAUAUAAUACAAUAACCUCUACUGUACCUAAUUUUGUAUUUGUUAGAAUCUCAUCCAAAUUGUACAAAUUAAAUUAUUCAUAA